CAGGUCUCGGCCGCCAAGGUCGAUACAGCAGCCGCUUUGUCCAUCUUGGUGACUCGCAUCCCAGCUGGUGGUCUGUUUGGUCCAACGAUCCCGAGAAGAUGCAAAUGGAGGCGUACUUCUCUGCUGACGCAGGUACGAUGAUCCCUCGGAGCCCUUGAACUCAUCAGGCUUGCCCCGUAGUAAUAUGGAGUGUGCUGCACGUGUGCAGAGACCCCCAGCGUCGGUUCCCAGUUCAACAUGAACCUCAUGCCCGUCCUUGUCAAACAAGACGCCGGCGCCGGCGACACUUUUCUGCUCGUCGACGACAAGGGGGGUGUUUUCUUAUGGAACGAGAAUGAGCUGGAGAUGUAUAGGUUUGUUGCGCGGGACGGCAAGACACUCGUCGUGGAGGAUGUUGCGGCGAGGGUCAGAGGGGAGACAUACACCAACGAUGAGCUUGUGAGACAGUUUUGGAAUCCCUCGGGGAGGGCUUGAACCCAAUUGUGAAUUUGAUGCUG